ACGUGACGCGAGGAAACGGAGCUUUGGCUGUUAAAGCAGACGCGAUGACCCAGAGAUUCUUAUUUAACGCUUCUCUACUUUACAAAGACAUUUGCCCUGAGCAGUCGCGCUUUCUCAUGCAAAGGCAUCAGAGCAUUGCGUCUGCCCUGCCGGUGUCUAUGAUCUGCCCCUUCUGUUUCCAGUGGAGACAGCUGGGCAAUCAUCACGUGCGUCUGCGGCCCAAGCGGAAGCCCACAGCCACGGUUAGGAGACUUCUGAAGAGGGAGUCGGCAGGAAAGAGACUGAGCGCAGAACAGACUGUAGUCCUACAAAAAUUUAAAAGGGCCUCCAAUGCUCUGAUGGCAAUGUGUCACACCUGUAAUAAGGUGUCCAGGCAACCAGGAAUGAAUCGGGAGCUUUUGACUACCUUGUCAAGGAUCCGAAGUACCCCAGGAAGUGCAGGCAAACACAGAACUCCACAGUCAGCCAACAAGUCUACUCCAAAAUCUGUAAUAGACCGAACACCGAGUGGCACACCAAGGUCAGUAUCUUCAAACACCAGCUCGUCGUCAUCAAAGCCUGGCAGUGCGAAGUCGUCGCCUUUCGCUCGCCUCAAAAAGAUCCUCAUGCUGGAAAACAAACAGCAGAGCAAGAAAGGUGGUCUGAAGGACUUCCUCUCAUCUCUCUGAAGACCUCAGGGACAUUAACAUGAAAGACUCUGGCCCACUUUGAGUGGAGUUGCUAAAAUUCAGUGCAGGAAACUUGAUCACUCCUCCUUUUGUAUUACCUUGCCACGUAGUGGGGGAGACAUUAGGCUGGAUUGUAUUGAAGGACGGGUUAAUAUUGAACAGAACAUCUCCUUUUCUUCUGUCAAGUGUCUGUUUCUGAAUCCUUCUGGAUGAGCGGGGAAAAAGUACUUCUGUAGGGGAGUGUAACUUGUGCUACAGAACCAUGCUGUGAUUUUUAUUUUUAAAUUUGCCAUUUAUUUUCAUGGUCCCACAUAUUGCUCAUUUUUGUAUAAGAAAGAUAACCUUUAUAUGUUGUGUGUUUAAUGUUCAUUUUUGUACACUUUGAAUUCACAUUUAUAUCCGCAGCUCUUAGUUUGGAUCACUGAUAUUAAAACAAGCAUUGUCUUUACCCUUUGCUUACACACUGAUUUAUUAUUUUAUUUUUAAAUGCAAAAUUUGUGCUGGGUUGUUUACAUUUGAUGGCUUAUUUGUUGUCAAACUAUGUAGCAAAAGACCAAAAAUAUUUCAUAUGGACUAUUCUCAAUACAUUUUAAAAGAGAGGUGAUGUUUUUGUCUUGUUUGAUCUUUGAUGGAUCAUUUUCAAUAAAAAAGUAAAAUAA